AUGAGUACGGCAGCUCAAUUGUUUUCUAUAGGUGCUCCAAUGACUUCACCUUUGUGUACUUCCAAAAAUCAACAGCAUAAAAUCGCUAUAACUGGUCCUACUCCUUACUAUGAGCAGGUAAAUUCUUCUGGAUCCGCAGAGCCACUUAAAGUAUUAUCGAGAUCAUCAUUUGAUGAUACCUUUAGAGGUUUAUCAACUAGAGGAAGGGAAUUCACAAUCUCGAAACAAUUUGACGAGACAGGUAAACCCACUGGAAACUGGGUAAUUGAUAUGAGAUGGAAAGAUCCAGAUCCCAAUUCCCUUUUAUCAUUGGAGGAUUUGCCUAAUCAAGAGCCUAUAGCAUCAUGUUAUAGCUCUUCUGGAGUUGCUGGUGAAAGUGAUACACCAGAUCUGACCACAGCUCCAACACCAACCACCAUCUCAGCUCAACUCUCAGAGGAGGAUUACAAGGAUUAUCUAGGUUUUACUGAUGAUGGACCGAUUGAAUUCAACGCUGACCCCAGGACUCGCUCUGUGAUGAACGUCAAUUCUCCUCAUUUCUGA